GUGCCAGCAUCUGAGGAACAGCGUCCGGGGGGCAAGGAAACUACACUUCCCGACAGGCUGCGUUUCAAGCGGAGGGAAAAGGCGGAGAGGGAGGGGAACCAGGAGGAGGAGAAGAAGAAAGCGACAACAUGGCGGCGUCGUCGUCCAUUCCUCGGGAGAGGGAGCUGUGAGGAGCUGCCGAGCCCCGGAUGUGACUGCGGCCAGGGUCUGCUUUGGGGAAGGAGCGGCCCUCAGCCGCGGCCUCAGCCAUGGGCGUGCAGGGCUUCCAGGAGUUCGUGGAGAAGCGCUGCCCGGGGGCCGUGGUCCCCGUGGACCUCUUGAAGCUGGCCCGGGCCCGCGGAGGAGGCGGAGUGGGAGGCCCGGCGGCCUUCUGCGCCCACUUCCACGCGCCGCCGGGGGCCUUCCCGCACCCGAUGGCCGGGCCCUUCCCGCCCGCGCCGGCGCCCUCCCCGUGCCCGGCCCGGCUGCUGGUGGAUGCCGACUCCGCCCUGCAGCGCCUCUACGGCGGCUACCAGACCGACUGGGUCUGCGGCGGCCAGUGGAACGCCAUGGUGGGCUACCUGGCCGCUCUCUCUCAGGCCUGCCUCUACCAGGGCGGCCUGGAGCUCGCCGUCAUCUUCAACGGCGGGCUGGGUAAGGAGCGGCUGCCCGAGUGGGGCAGGAAGGCCCAGGCCGAGCGGCAGACGGCGCAGCUCAUCGCCGGGCACGUGGGCAAUAAGGGCACCCCGCCGCCCCGCGCCUGGUUCCUCCCGCCCGCCUGCCUCGCCCACUGCGUCCGCCUCGCCAUGAUCCGCUUCCGCGUCAAGGUGUUUCAGAGCCUGGAGGAUCAUCACCAGGAAGUUGUGUCCUUCUUCCGGGAGAAUGGCUUCCACGGGCUGAUUGCCCAUGACUCGGAAUUUGCCCUCUACAACAUACCCUCGUAUUACAGCUCCCAUGCCCUCAAACUGAGCUGGAAUGGCAAGAACCUCACCACCAAUCAGUUUCUCAUGCAAGAGGUAGCCAAGCAGUUGGGUCUCAAGUUGAGCAGCUUUCCCAUCUUUGCUGCCUUGCUAGGGAACCACAUCCUUCCGGACGAGGAUCUGGCUGCCUUCCACUGGAGCCUGCUUGGACCAGACCACCCAUUGGCUUCGCUUAAGGUGCGUGCCCACCAGCUCGUCCUGCCACCCUGUGAUGUUGUCAUCAAGGCUGUAUCUGAGUACGUCGGUUCCAUCAAAAAUCCCUCCAACCUGGAUGCAAUCGGGAGAGAUGCCUUCAAGCACUCCCAGUCCAGAACCGAGGAUAAAAUUGAGCGUUUCAAGAAGGCUGUAGAAUAUUAUUCAGUGGCCACGAAGGCACCCCCUACGCCAAUGGGCCAAUCCCCAUAUGUUCUCCCAGCCUUUGGGCCCAACCAUUUUGGAGGGGCAGCACCUAUGAAUCGCAAUCCAGUGAUACCUCUCCCUUCUGGGAAGGCCAUGUUUGCACCUCAUAUGGGGCCAAAGAUGCCGUACCAGCCGCCAGGGCCACACGGUGGUGUUGCCGCCCCCUCAUCAUUUCUUCCUGGCCCUGGCUCCAGUUUUCUCUUUUCACCUCAUGGCCUGACGGAUCCUUCCGCCCCCUUCCAUGAAGACCCUGCCUUGAAGGGGGGCCACUACAACAACUGGUCUAUACCUUAUGACAACUCUCAGGCCAAGUUUUCUAACCACCACCUGAGCUCCAAACCUUCCCCAUCAUCUGGGCCUGGCUCUUCGCCUUCCUCUUCAUCUGAUGGAGAAGAACACAAUGGAACCAGCUCCAACCAUGUGUCUGAAAGCGGACCUCGCAAAUCUGGCUGGGAGGAUCCUGGGAAUGACAAGAUGAUGAGCCAAGGCUGGGGGCAGCCGGCAGGGGGCAGCAGCAACCCAGAGAGGAACUUGAGUGGGUCCACCGAGGCCCACAUCCCCUCACUGCUCUCCAUGGCAACCCGUAAUCACAUGGACAUCACCACGCCACCCCUGCCCCCAGUUGCCCCCGAGGUGCUUCGCGUGGCUGAGCACAGGCAUCGCCGGGGGCUUAUGUACCCUUUUAUCUACCACGUCCUUACCAAGGGUGAAAUCAAGAUUCCUGUGUGCAUUGAAGAUGAAUGCAAUACAGAGCUGCCCCCUGCGGCUGUUCUUUUCCGGGCAGCCAGGCAGUAUGUAUAUGGGGUACUCUUCAGUGUGGCUGAGACCCAGCGGCGGCUGGAACGCCUGGCUGUGCGGAAGCGCAUCCCGGUGGAAACUCAUCCUGUUAUCAUUAAAGAAUGGUCAGCAUACAAGGGGAAGUCACCCCAGACUCCAGAACUGGUCUCAGCUCUUGCCUUUCGGGAGUGGACUUGCCCUAACCUCAAGAAGCUAUGGCUGGGCAAAGCUGUAGAAGACAAGAACCGACGCAUGAGAGCCUUCCUGGCCUGCAUGAAAUCAGACACGCCUGGCAUGCUUAACCCUGCCAAUGUCCCUACACACCUGCUGCUUAUGUGCUGUGUACUACGGUACAUGAUCCAGUGGCCAGGGGGGCGGAUCCUGCACAGACAUGAGUUGGAUGCCUUCCUGGCCCAGGCUGUUUCGGCUCAACUGUAUGAGCCAGAUCAACUUCAAGAACUGAAGAUUGAGAAACUGGAUCCCAGGGGUGUUCAGCUGGCUGCUUUGUUUAUGAGUGGAGUGGACACAGCCCUCUUUGCCAAUGAUGCUUGUGGGCAGCCUGUGCCCUGGGAACAUUGCUGCCCAUGGAUCUACUUCGAUGGGAAGCUCUUCCAGAGUAAGCUGAUCAAAGCCACACGGGAGAAGGCACCUCUCAUCGACCUCUGUGAUGGACAGACCGAGCAGGUGUCCAAAGUGGAGAAGAUGAGACAAAGCAUCUUGGAAGGCAUCAACCUCAACCGCCAGGCCCCACCACCCCUGCUCCCGCCUCCACCUUUUGUAUCCUCUAUGGCCCCACCUUUUUACCCAAUGCCUCUUUACCCUCGCACUUUUGGCUCCAUCCAACCACCAGGCCCUGGAAGGACCAGAGGCUUCACAGGACUGCAUCCUAUCCCUCCACAAGGGGGCAAACUGGAGAUUGCAGGGAUGGUGGUGGGCCAGUGGGCUGGAAGCAAACCUUCCCGGGGGCAGGGCUCCUUCGGCAUGCAAGUGGUCUCAGUUGGUGGGCCAGGAAAAGGCCGUGGCCGUGAUAACUCUGGGAAAUCCCCCAAAGGAAGCAAGAAAGUGAACAAACAAGGUUCAACAGAUGGACCUGCGAAGACACCCGAGUUCAACAAUAACAACAGUGGCAGCAGUAGUAGCCGUCCCCAGUCCCAGGUGAAUGGGAAUGGGGGCACCACCCCUGCGGUGGAAGAGGACUCAGGCACUGGAGCAUACCCCUCAGCCACAUCACCUUGUGCCUUAGCCAGAGACGCUGACUCAUGCAAUAACAAUAGCCCCUUCUUUGGGACGCUGAGUGGGGACGCUGAACGGUGCUCAGAGAACAAGCUUUCCUUCCAAGCUCUGCAGAAAGAGGAGUGAAUAGAAACUGCUGCGGCUCCGAUUGGUUGGCAAAUGGGUGGGGUGGAGAAAGAAGAGGUGGUGUCUCCAUUACUUUGCAAGUGGGGAGGGUAGAAAGAGGGGAAGAUGUAGCAAAUUCCUGGAACACUGAUGUUAUUAAAUGUUGUGGGGCAGAGGGAUCAUGUGUGGAGCGGGUGGAGCUUUCGUGAUACCUCACACUGCAUCUUUUUGGAGGGUUUCUAUGAUGAGGUUUGAUUUCUUGUCAGCAGGAAAUAUUUUCAUAGUGUGUGAUCAAGCGAAAUGCCAUGGGGCUCCCAUCCCAAUCUUGUGACCACAUCAGCUUUUUGGGUUGUGACCACAUCAGCUUUUUGCACUCUUCCCUUUGAAUUUGCUAUUGUGCCAAUCGGAUCCAUGGAGGCAGGAUAUUUUUUUCUUCUUUUUAAAGUUUAUUUGAGUUUUAUUAUUUUUUAUUUUAUAGUGGGGGAGGGAGUAUUUUUAGGGGACAAGAAUUAUGGAUUUUGGGAAGGGGAUAUUUUUAAAGAAAAAAAAAGCCGGCAAGGUUUUAUUUUAAAGUGGGGCAGAUUUUUCCUGCCUGCCUUGUUAAUUUCUUGCCAACUCCCCCACCAUCAGGCCAGAUAGCAGCAUUGCUUUGGAUGAUGGUGGUAACGGUGUGGAGUCAAGUGAGGGAGACAAAAUAAUUUUUAAAAAGAGAGAGCGAGAGAAAGAUUAGCACAGCUGUCACAGCAUAUACACAAAAGUAUGUGUAUAGUGGUCAGUCUGUGCUUUUUAUUGUAUAUGAAAGAGAGAGAGAUUAUAUUUAUAUAUAACAUGAAUAGAGCUAUAUAUAAAUAUGAAAGUGGCAAACCCGGAAGGGUUGAAAAUGUUCCCGGGAGACAACUUACGUUCCAAAGCGCUAUGCGUUUUAUGAAUUAAAGGCCUGUUUAGCGAGUUCCCAGUGACGGGCCUUGUUAACAAGGCUGCUGGGAUACCAUGUGUCAGGUCUCUUGAUAUCAGACAGAAAACUUCUUAUCCUAAAAACAGACAAGCACUUGCUUUUGCAUUUUCCAGGACUGUGAGCAAAUUGACGUGGUUGUGACCGGAAAAGGGACACAUUGCCAUUCACUUUGCGAGUUGGGGGUGGGAUGGGGGGUUGGGGAGAUAAUAGUAUCAGUCCUACCCAGAGCCUAGUGGAUGAUGGUGGCCAUGGUUGUUGGGGUUCUAGUUCUUGCCAUUGUUAAAAAUGGCUGAGAGAACACGAAUCGAAGUCCUCUCUAAAUACAUGUACUCUGCCACUUCGAUACACAGUCUAUAAUCUGAUAAGUUGGCAUCUUAGGAAUCAUAGGUAUUAGCUAUAAAACAAUAAUUCACUAUCAUUUUAGUGCUAACAGUUAUGAGAACAUUUUUAAAGGAGUGGAUAGCUUCUUGAAAUUACUGGUCAAGGUUUUCAGUGCCUCGUUGGCAUAGCUUCAGAAAGUUUUUUUAAUUAGGAUUCUCAGCAUUCCUCCACAGCCAUGUUAGUUGAGGGGAUUCUGAGAGUUGUAGUACAGGGAAGUAAUUUUUCUAAGCUCUGGUAAUGGGCAUGGCUGGGGAAUGUCCUUGCCCCACUGGAUUGGCUACUCUUUUUGCCCCAUCAUCAUCCUCUGCAGUCUUGCAGCUCUUCUUAGGGAAAGAUGAAAACUUUGCAUUUCAGAAGCUGAACAGCUGGCUCCAUGCAUAGAGAUUUGUGGUGAAAACUACUUAAAAUGUCCUUGGCUCAUGCCUCAGAGUAAGGCUAGAUUUUUCAGAAAAAUCCUACCAUUCUCAAAUGUGCUUUGAUUUUAACUUCUUCCUCCUCAGUCACUUUUCCUCUCCAGCUUCCUCCACAAAACAUACCUGGGAAAAGAUCAUGUUGGGUAGUUCCACCUCUGACAUAACCAAGACAGACAAAAGAAAGUACUUUAUAAAAGUGCAUAAGAAGUUAAUGCAGUUCACUGUCACAAGAUAAACAGUCAUAGUACACAUCUAUUUGUAAAUACUGGGUUGCUGUGAUUUUUCUGGGCUGCAUGGCCAAGUUCCAGAAGCAUUCUAUCCUAAUGUUUCACCUACAUCUAUGGCAGACAUCCUCCGAGGUUGUGAGGUGUGUUGGAAACUAGGCAAGUGGGGUUUAUAUAUCCUCACUACCUCUGAGGAUGCCUGCCAUAGAUGUGGGCGAAGUAUCAGGAGAUAAUGCUUCUGGAACAUGGCCAUGCAGCCCGGUAAACUCACAGCAACCCGGUGAUUCUGGCCAUGAAAGCCUUUGUCAACAUAUUUGUAAAUAGAUUAGGAAAAUUCAAGGAAAAGCAGUAUAGCUGGUUAAGCUAGAAAUAAUGCACACAAUCAAGGACAAUGUAGUCUUGAGUCUAAAUUUCUGGGAAACAAACCAGGGAGGGGUAUUCACUCAUCCAUUCUCUAAUUGGCAACAGUGAAUAUAAAAGGGCAAUUAAAAUCUGUUUUAAGCAGGUUGGAGAGCUCACAUCUGUUGUAUGUAUUUCUAGUUACAUGUUUCUAAGUAAUUGUGAAGACCUUUCUUGGCUUGAGAUCACAACAGUCAAGAUGCUGAAUUACUGGCCUCUCUCGGCUUUGUGAACAUUUGAUGCCAAUGAGAGUAUUUUUUUCCCCAGAAGUGCCAUAAUUUGAAACUGCACCCCCAGUCCCUUUUCCCUCAGCAAGCUGACGCCAAGGGGAAGACAGAAACCUUUUUGGUAGAGAUGUGCACUGAUCACUUGCUUUUAUAUGAGGCUGAGGUCCACAUGAGAUCAGGCCAAGCAGGGCAGGUUGCCUUCAGCAAACUCAAGCAAAGAGCUUAAAUGGUGGGUUUAAUAACGGAGUCACCUCAUAGGAGUGCUGCAAAAUAUUAAACCAAAUAAAUGUUAGAAAGCUCAGCAAUAUCUCAACACACAAGCCUCUUGGUUAUAAAUUUCCUUGACACCAAAUGUUCACAAAGGUGAGAGAGGCCAGUAAUGAGGGUUUUUACCAUCUUGACUGCUGUGAUCACAAGCAAAGAAAGGUCUUCCCAACCUAUUAACUUGAAUUACAUAGAAAGUGGGUGUCUGGUGGGGAAGCAUGUAUAAUUAAAGGCAUUGUGUUCAUAUAGUCAUUAUAGUGGAUCUCACUAAAAACCAAAGUCCAAAUUAGGGCAGAUGUAACUUUUUAAAAUGUCUUUCGUAGCAUGGCUGUAGGAAAAGGCAGGACUUAAAACUGAAUACCAGUAAUUUUUGAAUUUUUUUAAAAAGAAAACAUUCUAGCUUUCACUUCAGAUAAAUUAAUUCAAUCUUCUUGGAGAGUUAGUGGGGAAGAAUGAACUGUUUUAAAUCCUGAUUGUACCCUCACAAACUCUGCUCUGGGUGGGAAUGAUUUGGUGAUAAGUGACACUCACUUUAUUCCCAGGGUUAUGGGUGGGAAGGAUAUGCAUAAAUCACCCUGACACAAUGAUACUUGUGUUAAACAAACUGGACACUGCUUAACCUUUUCCUUGGGUUCCCAACAACAAUUGGGAAAGGGAUUGGCGCCUUGAAAAGGUUUCCCAGGGAGGAGGGAUUUGGCACCCUUUUUUCGCUGGGGGUGUUUUUGCCACUUUAACUUGACAGUAUUGUCUGCAGGGGGAAGGACAACUUCCUCUCUCUGCCAAUGGCAUACAUUUCCAAGCAACUUAACCAUUGCCAAUUCUGAGGUUGUACCUCAGAAUUUGAAGACACCUACAUGCUUGGGUUGGUCAGUUGCAACCCAGGUUUGCUAACAUGAAGGCAUAUCGCUGCAAUAUCACAUGGGGGAGGGGGCAGUUAGAGCUGUUUCCCAGUCUUCUGCUGUAUUAAUUUUCUUGUACAUAUUCCCAGUGCUUGAGAAGUGGAAUUCUUUGCAACUGGAUCUGAUCUUUUUUCUGUAUUUUUUCCCUUUGCAUUAUGGCCAGGCAAGGUAUCGAUAUAGGAAGCAGAUUAAUUUGGCUUUCUUAUCUGAAUGGGUCACAAAAGUUAGUGAGACUCAGGUACAAGCUAGCCUCUCCUAUACUGUAUCAGGAAAAUACAGUGGACUUUCUGGAUCCGUGGCUCCAGAUCAGCAGUUUUGACCAACUGUGGAUCAUCAUGUCCUAUGCAUAAAAUGGCAGCAGCAUGACCAUAGAUGUUCAGAAGUGGUUACACACAUGUUGCUGCCAUUUAAUAAUAUAAGACAUGUUCGUUCACUUUUUUAGGCCACCACGGGGAGGGGUGUGUGUCCCAGAAUCAAAUCAACGCUACUAUUGUGGAGUAAGCCUUACUCCAGGAGUUUCUAUCUGCUGUUAUUUUGCAGAUGCACAGACUGUAGCACUGGAGGAGGUAUAUCCAGCUUCUUCAGAAUCCUAGUUUCUUCCAUUUUAAAAUUUGUGAUUUCUUUGGUUAUAAAUACAUUCAAAGUGCGGGAAGCGCCUAGAUGAAAAAUUUUUAAAUGCUAGUGGGUUAGCUGAGUAAGAUUUACAAUGUUAGGGUAGAACAUACUCCAUUCAGUGACGAUUCAAAUCAAGAAUAAUUUGGCUUUAAAAAAGUAAUUACGCAAAAUAAGAGUGUGCAAAUAUAUAUUGUUUACGUACUUGAUACAAGUACUAGAAUUCAAUGUUUGAAAAUGAUAAAAUCUAUUUUGUUCUAGCUAUACAAAAACCAGUUCUUUGUUUUCUAUGCUGGGAAAAAAUGGAAGUUUGAAGUAACUUCAUUUCAGAACCCCUUGGUAAACAUCCUAGAUGGCUUUCCCUUCAAUUUAUAGCAGUCCCUUUUUUGCAUCGGGUAUGAUUUUGUUGAGAAUUGCUCAUUUUUGCUACGCUCAAAAAAGUCAUAGUCAUUCUGCAUCUGAACUCUUGCGUUGUACUAAAGACAUGGAUGAAAACUGCAGGCCUUGUUCCUCCUGCGUGGAUCCAAACGACAAGGCCCCUCCCUGCGUAUGUUUGAACUUUUGAAUUUCUUUUGUUUAGAAUUACAUUGCCAUACUCGUAAGGCCCCUUCUUUUCUUGCAUAAUGUUAACACCCUUGCUGACAUGAUGAAAUAUGAAAGUGUUAUCCUUGAGACUCACAUUGCUCCGUGAUAUGCGAGCCAUAAUGAGAAAUUAUGAUUCAUGUCCUCGAGAGAUCUGGUGUCAUCUGAGCGUAUUAGGCAACAACUGUUUUCCAAAGCUGUGCCAGGCAGUUCUGACUUUGAUAUGCAUAUUUGAUUCCAAGAUUUCUAUUAGUUUUGAUGUAAGAUUCAAUUUAGGCUAAGGCGUAAUUACGAUCCCCUGUUCCGGUUUAAAUCUGUCAGGUGAAAGCUGAGAGAAGUUUGUAAUGCUUCGGUUGUAAAAGUUUUUGUAUACCUUCUGCUGCGACUCUUGCUUUGUGAAAAAUUAGACUUGCUUCCAUAGAUUCACUUAUAGUCAGAAUUCCUGGGCUGGUUUUAGAAAACAUGAUUCUUAACUGUUGAAAUAAGUAAGGUUCUUUAUAGUGUUACAUAUACUUUGUAACAGAUUUACCUUUCUCCAGCUAGACUGUUCUAUGUUUUCACUUGUAUUUAUGGCAGCUGAUAAAACAGAUUUUUGAAACCUGA